CGUUUUAACGUGAAACACCUCUAAAGACCUGCACUAGGGAGGUUUGAUACUACAUUUUCAGCCUUUUUUGUUUAUUUGAGCAUGUGCCAUUGACAUUUUGUGUGUGGGUGUGUAAGCAAAAAUGUGGUUGAAUCAUGUUUUUCAUGAGGUGUCUUGUUCAUUUGACAGAGACUCAGCGAGUGCAGAUAAACUGGCCGCCCAUCAAAAGUCAACACCAAAUUGCCAACACAAGUCUUCAGUGCCCUUGUCACAAUUUCCCCUGAAAGAUGGGCUGACUGACACGGCCGGACUCGCCAGCAAGUUUGAAGAAGGGCAGGACAUCCUGGCCCGAUGGUCAGAUGGCCUCUUUUACCUGGGAACUAUCUCCAAGAUAGAUAAACAUAAGCAUCGCUGCUUUGUGAUUUUUGAAGAUCAAUCUAAGUCCUGGGUUCUGUGGAAGGACAUUCAGACAGGUAAAUGCAAUUCAGGGGAAAUGCUCUGCUCUAUAUGCCAGAAUCAAAUCUCCGAGCCCCCCAAUGAAAUAGUUAUCUGUGACAAACGUGGACAAGGAUACCAUCAGCUAUGCCACGCUCCCAUAAUCGACCCCAGUGUCAUUGACUCUGAUGACAAAUGGCUGUGCAGACAGUGCGUGUUUGCUACAACAACAAAGAGAAGCGGUGCACUGAAGAAAGGGCCAAAUGCCAAAGCCCUACAGGAAAUGAAGCAGUCUCUGCCUUAUGCCCUUGAAGAUUUACUGUGGGACCAGGGCCACAAGACCAACAUCCAGCAAUGUUACUGCUACUGUGGAGGGCCUGGCGACUGGUAUCUGAAGAUGUUGCAGUGUAAUAAGUGUAAGCAGUGGUUUCAUGAAGCCUGUAUCCAGUGUUUUCAAAAGCCCAUGCUCUUUGGAGACAGGUUCUAUCUAUUUAUUUGUUCUGUUUGUAAUAGUGGACCAGAGUACCUCAAACGUUUGCCUCUGAGAUGGGAAGAUGUUGCACACCUAAGCCUCUAUAACUUGAGUGUAAUUCACAAAAAGAAAUACUUUGACUCCGAGCUCGAAUUGAUGACUUACAUAAAUGAAAACUGGGACAGACUUCAGCUUGGCGAGCUUGCAGAUACACCAAGAGCAGAGAGAUAUGAAUGGAUUCUGGAAGCACUUAACAGCAACCUCAAUAUGUUCAUGUCAGGGAAAGAGAUAAAAAAGAAGAAACACCUGUUUGGAUUACGAAUUCGCUUCCCAUCAGCCCCCCAGAGAUCUGAGCUUCUGUCAGAUCGAGAGCCAGAAAAAGCCUCCCAUGAGAUCAAAAUCAAAGGCAGGAAGGCCACCAAACCCCCUCAUUCAUCCAGCACUGUCACUAAUGGAGUGAAGAAAGGAAAGAGGAAGCAUCACACACACUCUUUAGAGAUGUUGGCCAAACUGAGAAGAUCAAGUGAACUUUUGGCACAGAAUGAUGGGAAGUUUCCAAUUCUAGACAACAACUCAGUGGACCUGAUCGCUUCAAAAAGUGCUAAAAGUGAAAAAUCUUUGCCUUCAUCAAGUACCUCUGAUGUUGAAUCUGUUGGUGCCACCAGCACCAGUGAAACUACCUCAUCCACUCUCUCAAGACAGUCCAGUUUGGGCAGUCAGAGUGGACAACGCCCUGGAUGCUUAUGGUCCACCAUCACGCAGCUGCCAAUUAAGAGAUGCCGGGGACGUCCACGACGAGCACUGCUGCCCCCAAAUCCUGAGAUUCCUCCACCCUGCCACCCAGAGUUGCAACCCAGCAACAGUGUCCCUGAGCCCAGCCCCCUUCCCUCUUGCCUCUACAGUGGCAUGGACAUCAUGCAGGGCCUGGACCCCAACACCCAGCUCAAUCAACUCAAGAGUUCCAUCAGCACUUAUUUUGGAGCUGCAGGACGUCUGGCCUGUGGGGAGAAGUACCGUGUGCUCGCUCGCCGUGUCACUAAUGACGGCAAAGAACAGUACUUGGUGGAAUGGGAGGGCAUCACUGCCUCCUGAGCU